CUCCUUGCAGCAGCCUUUUAUUUGGAUUUUCUAACUCCACACCUAAGCUGCAGAAAUUUAAACCAUGGGGACGGGGCAACUAUUCCGCUUGGUGUCACUAGCAUGCAUGGUCGCCAGCGUACUUACCCAGAGCCUGAUGAGUGGGUACCAAUACCAGCCAUCGCCGUACCCGUCAUCGACGUACCAGCCGUCGCCGUACCCACCAUCUACGUACCCAUCAGCACCGUACCAGCAGCCGCCAUAUCAACCUUCACCGUACCAGCCACCGUCAUACCCAGCUGUUCCGUACCAGGAUAUGCCGUACCAACCUUCACCGUACCAACCUUCACCGUACCAGCCCUCACCGUAUCAACCCUCACCGUACCAGCAAUCACCGUACCAAGAUGCGGCAUAUAUGCAAAACCAGCCCAACUACCCCACCCCGUACAACCCCGACCCAUACCAGCAGAAUUACCCGUACCAAAACCAGCCCUACCAAACUUACCCAGAACAAUACCCCAGCCAGUACCCCGCUCCCACCCCCGAGUACAAGCCGUACAGUACUGAUUACAAACCAGCCCCCACCCCCUACACCCAGUACCCCGCCCCCACCCCCGCAGCAAGUGAGGACGACACGUACCCAAAAUAUGGGGGCAGCGGCUACUACUACCAGUACCAGCCCCCCACAACCCCCACAGCCCCCACAUACAAAACAAGGAAGUAUCUACCCCCACCUCAGAAAUACACCCCUCCGUCUCCUCCCACAACAUACACACCACCAAGUUACACCCCUCCCACAACAUACACACCACCAAGUUACACCCCUCCAUCUCCUCCUACAACUUAUACACCACCAAGCUACACCCCUAAGGCCAGCCCUACCCCCACCUCUUCAUACAAUCCUCCAAGCUACACUCCAACCCCCUCAUACACACCUCCCUCUAGCUACCUUUCCCAAUACAACCCAGCUCCAACCCCCUCAUACACCCCUCCAAGCUACCCUUCCCAAUACACCCCACCCUCUACUCCUGAGUACACACCCCCAAGUUACCCUUCCCAAUACAACCCAGCUCCAACCCCCUCAUACACACCUACAUCUAGCUAUACUCCAACAUACAACCCAACUCCAACCCCUUCAUACACACCCCCAAGUUACCCUUCCCAAUACAACCCAGCUCCAACCCCCUCAUACACACCUACAUCUAGCUAUACUCCAACAUACAACCCAACUCCAACCCCUUCAUACACACCCCCAAGCUACCCUUCCCAAUACACCCCACCCUCUACUCCUGAGUACACACCCCCAAGUUACCCUUCCCAAUACACCCCACCCUCUACUCCUGAGUACACACCCCCAAGUUACCCUUCCCAAUACACCCCACCCUCUACUCCUGAGUACACACCCCCAAGUUACCCUUCCCAAUACAACCCACCUCCAACCCCCUCAUACACCCCUCCAAGCUACCCUUCCCAAUACACCCCACCCUCUACCCCUGAGUACAACCCAUCUCAAAGUUACACCCCCCAGAAUAGCCCAUACACCCCCCAGUAUAGCCCCUAUACUCCCCAGUAUAGCCCAUACACCCCUAGUCAAUACCCUGACGCCAGCAGUUAUCCAUCAGAGUCAAGCUACCCUUCUAGUAAAGUGUGUGACCUUUCUCCGGCCAGUGACCCGAGUCAGUUCAUGUCCGGCAACAAUUUGAUGUACUGUCCAGCCGGCCUGGUCUACGUCCACUCCAAGUGUGCUUGUGACUACAGAAAGAAAAAGUAAGAAGAAAACGGUGGCUGACUACCAACUUUAACAGCGAGACGGCAGAUAUUUGUGGAAAGUUAUCAGUUUUGCACCUUUUGUAAAUGCAAAAUAAAAAAAAAUAUUAAAAGAGUUCUGUGUAGCUUCAUAUGGUUAUUAAUUAAAUAAAAUUGAUAAUUUAUUAAAUUUAAUAUUUAUAUAGUUAAAUUAGUAACA